AUGGAGGCUCAGACAGUUGCGAAACUGAUCGUUGAGGAAGUUAUCUGUAGAUUUGGAGUUCCUGUAUCCAUCCACUCCGACCAAGGGCGUCAAUAUGAAAGUCUUUUGUUUAGCGAGGUAUGCAAGCACUUACAGAUUCGGAAGACAAGAACCACACCAUACCAUCCUCAGUCUGAUGGUAUGGUGGAACGGUUCAAUAAGACCUUAGCCACAAUGCUGAGUAGUUAUGUCAGCGAGAACCAUCGAGAUUGGGAUGAGAGCAUACCUUUUGUGAUGGUGGCAUACAGGGCGGCACAGCAUGAAUCAACCGGAUACACGCCAAACAUGCUGAUGCUUGGUAGAGAAACUGCCACCCCUUUGGACAUCAUAUAUGAUAUGCCUACAUCCUGGAAACAAGUACCGAGUCAUAAAUGGGUGUGGAUUCUGACUGAUCGAAUGGAAAGAGCUCACAAUUUGGUGAGGAAACAGUUAGAAGGAGCUAUCCUUAGACAGAAACAUUAUCAUGACAUGAAGAUGUCUUAUGAACAAUUCAAAGUUGGGGACCAGGUAUAUGUCUAUUUUCCUCAAAGGAAAACUGGGUGCUCACCUAAGCUGACUUCAUAUUGGAGAGGACCUUUUAAGGUUCUGGCAAAAGUCUCUGAGGUCCUGUAUAAGGUGAAUUGUGGACGCAAUGGAAAGGAUCAGAUAAUUCAUUGCGACAGGAUGAAAAGGUGCAGAGGUCAAGUUCUCAGAGGCGAGGAUCCAGACUUAGGACUCGAAAGUUUAGAGCUGGGGACAAGUGAUUCUUCUAAUGUUCCGAUAGAUCAAGAGGAUCAGGAUGAUGACUUUGGGUCAUCUAGCAGAAACAUUGAAGUCACAGAUGAAUUAGUUGGUGAUCGAAGACCCAGACGCGAACGACGUGCCCCAACUUACCUUCAAGAUUAUGUCCAGGACUAG